UUGUUCUCCGUAGAGCAGACCCACAGUAGCAGCAGGUCCCGGAGCUCUGGAUGGGAGGUCGCUCUGAACUUGCGCUAAGGCUAAUUUAUCGUUACACCGGGAAGCGAAACGCAUUUGAAGAACAAGGAGGGAUCAAAGGCAAACUACUUAGACAAUAAACACGAGAUGAUGUCGACGUUUAACACGCGAUUAAUGUAAGGAAGAGGACGCAUACCGACCGCCAAGCGAAACGGGUCUGCUCCUCAACUGGAGAUCAAUGGAUGCGAGAACAACAUAUGGAUACAGCCGGUGUCGACAGGAACGGGGCUGUUGAUGUAUGAUGGCAGGUCGGACAUGCACGUUGUGCCGACUGAAACAGGUUGGUUUCGCCUCGAUCAAACUUCAGCAGAAUCAGACGUGGGACGAUUAGCGCGCAUUUAGGUGCUGAAGAUGAACUGAAUCACUGUCGCUUACAGCGGCGCGCCUGGAGAUGACAGCAGGUUUAUUAUGGGAAACCGCGCUCUAUCGUUCACUGGACUUCUACUGGAUUUAGAGGGUUGUCCUAAUCGCUGCAUCUGGGUGAAGGUCAUCCAAUAUUACUGAUCCGGGUAUCCUUCAGAUCUGAGUUUGUGCGUACGUGUGUGUCAAAAUUGUGCUUUCUAGCUUUCUUGUUAGACACAGAAGUGUAGAUAACUGCUUUUCACACUCACUUGACGCUCAAGUAUCCAGAUCCUGCUCUAUCUAAGAAUGCUAUUAUUUAAUUAUGAAGACAUGUAGCCUAUUCUACCCUGAUGAGAACAUUGAACACUAUGUUUUAUAUCGCAAAAGUUACUUUAAAAUGUAUCUAACACUCUCUAAGGUCACCAUAUACACAUACUGUCAUCAUAACAUGAGUGAUUUUGUUUGAUAUUUAAGCCUCUGUGUCUCUGUGUUAGUGUGAGACCACAGAUGGAUGCACUGUGUAAUGGAGCCAAGAAACCUGAGGGCAGUGAUCCCGUCGUAGACCCCCGGCCACCUCCUGCCAAGCUGGCUCGGCUGGAACUAAACGGAGCGGGACCCUCGGCCCAGGAGAGGAGCAGUCAGGAUAGUCCUGUGGCCAAAAACCCCUGCCUGGCCCAGAAACCCAGUGCAGUGAGGCCACAGAGCAAGAGCUGGCACAGCAGAGGGAGCCUGCUGCCGGUGUUCUGUGUAGUGGAGCACAGGGAAAACCCUCUGGAGGGAGAGAGGAGAGAAGAACAUGCUGAGUUUGUGUUGGUCAAGAGAGAUUUGUUGUUUAACCAGCUGAUAGAGAUGGCCCUGCUGACGCUGGGCUACUCUCACAGCUCUGCUGCACAGGCCAAAGGUCUGAUCCAGGUGGGCAGGUGGAACCCGAUGCCUCUGUCCUGCGUAACAGAUGCUCCUGAUGCCACUGUGGCUGAUAUGCUGCAGGAUGUUCAUCAUGUCAUCACCCUUAAAAUACAGCUGCACAGCUGCCCCAAAUUGGAGGACUUGCCACCGGAGCAGUGGAGCCACUCCACAGUGAGAAACGCUCUGAAGGAGCUCCUCAAGGACAUGAACCAGAGCUCCCUCGCCAAGGAGUGCCCUCUUUCCCAGAGUAUGAUAUCAUCUAUUGUAAAUAGCACUUACUAUGCAAAUGUCUCAGCUGCCAAGUGUCAUGAGUUUGGUCGAUGGUACAAGCACUUCAAGAAGACCAAAUCCUUUAAAGAGAUUGACAGCUUCUCUGACCAAUCCACACAUAUCACACUCACCCAGCAGCCAAUCACAAGUAGCCCAGCUGAUCAGAGCUCAACCCUGUUUUUCUCUCACGGAGAAGUAGCCAACAUAUGUGGCCGUUCCCCCCUCGGCCUGCACCCUCCGGGGUUGGUAGCCCAGCCUCUCCGCUCAAAAAUGGUCAACCAGCAGCUGGUGAUGGCCCAGUUUCUCAACCAGCAGUAUGCUGUUAGCCGCAUGCUGGCUAGCCAGGGUCUCCCACCGACCCAACAGCAGUAUCUCAACCACCCGCCUGUUGGGAGGGCUCCUCCUGCCAUGGUCUUCUCCAAGCCCCCUGAUUCCCAACCCCCACAGCAGGCACCGUGUGGCCCAGGGGGAGGCCCCGUGACCGGGCCGCAACCCCAGACAUCGACUGGGUCCUCUGUGGGGCCAACAGACGUGCCAAAUGACAUCUACCACUGUGUGAGGGAGGAACUGAAGAGAGCAGGCAUCUCACAAGCCAUCUUUGCCCGGGUGGCCUUUAACAGGACCCAGGGCCUGCUGUCAGAGAUUCUGCGGAAGGAGGAGGACCCCAAACACGCCUCUCAGUCUCUGCUGGUCAACCUGCGGGCCAUGUACAGCUUCCUGCAGCUGCCCGAGGCUGAGAGGGAGCGCAUCUACCUGGAGGAGAAAGACAGAAGCUUGACUGGAUUCACACCCAGCUGCAAUAACACGCCACCAAGAUCCACACAGGCAAGGCUGUCCCCAGUUAUAGGAGACAGAGGCUUGAGGACAGACAGUUGUGUUCUCAAUGUCAGCGCCUCCAUCUAUGAGGACAUUCAGCACGAGAUGAAGAGAGCCAAGGUGUCUCAGGCUCUGUUUGCAAAGGUGGCCGCCUCCAAGAGUCAGGGCUGGCUCUGUGAGCUGCUACGUUGGAAGGAGGAUCCAAACCCAGAGAACCGGACCCUGUGGGAGAACCUGUGCAUGAUCCGCCGCUUCCUCAGCCUGUCCCAGACUGAACGAGAUGCCAUCUAUGAACAGGAGAGCAGCAACGCGACGGUACAGCAGCACUGCGCUGACAGGCUGACACUGCUCAGCAAUGACAAUACACUGUACCAACGCAACUCUCCGCUGCCACAGCAACACCAUCUUCAACCCCAUCAACCCCUGCAGCCCGAGGCAGGACCUCACCUGUCUCCACGGCAACCAUGUGCCGCAUCACCAGCCGAGUCUGAGGCGGCCAGCAACUGGGGGCACAUGAGAAUACGUCUGCAGGGCAGGGUCAGCAGCACUGGAGAGAGAGGAGAGGGUAAGGACUGGGUUGAGGGGGGACAGGGAGAGAGGAGCAGCUUGGGAGGGGACUGGGGUUGUUCUGGCAGGGUGAGGGACAAGGGGACGGAGAGCAAGGAGCAGGUGAGGGAUGGUAAUGUGGGAGAGGAAGGGAUGAAUGAGAUCAUUGGUGACAGCAAGGAGGAGAAGGAGAAGCUUACAAUGAAGUGGACCGGUGUGAAAGAUGAGGACCGAGGUGGGGCUGGGGGUUCUUCAGAGACACGUACUGAGGUCCAGGGUGGCGAUGAGGUCCAAGGCGACGGGUUAACAGUGUCCCACGAAGCACUGGGGAUCCUGCAGAGCUUCAUUCAGGACGUGGGCCUCAACCCCGACGAGGAAGCCAUCCACACCCUGUCGGCUCAGCUGGGCCUGCCCAAACACACCAUCCGGAGAUUCUUCAACAGCCAGGACCACGACCCGCAUCAAGAGGACAGCCAGAGCCCAAAACAGAGUCGAGACAACCAGGACGUCUUCACGGAUCCAAACCUCUCCCAGACGGCCAAAGCUGAGGAGGAGCAAGAGGAGGAUGGUGAUGGAAAGACAAAAAAUGAACAAAAAGAGGUGGAGGAGACAGGGAGAAAUGAAGCAAGUGAGAUUACUGUUGUGAAAGAAUCUGAUGCUGGUACUCAAACAGUUGCCCAUCUGAAGGAGGAGCAGGAAAGCUACAUCUGACUCAACCCAUGCAGUGACAUACACAGUGUUUUAUAAGUGUUGACGUCUUUAAAAGCUGUGGAAGGACUAAAAACUGACUUAUUUUACAUGUUUAUACCACAGCUUAGAAGGAUGCUGGUGAGAGCUCUCUUAUUUCCCUACUGCACUUGAAACAGAACGAAACUGUGACUAUACGUGCAGAUAAUGUUUCAACUUUCUGUUAGAUAUAUAUGUGUCUGGGUGAAUGGGACCCAAUACAAAGAGCCUGACAUUACAUAUCAAUGUUUAAAAAAAGAGUAAUUAUUGUUGGUUGACUGAUCAAACGUUUGAGAAAUAUUCAUGCCAGAAAUGCCUUGUAGAAAGUGGCACUGCCAAUCUGAUUUUUUCUAAUGAUAUAUAUCACCAUUGUUGUUGCUUUUCUAUGUUUUUUUAAAUAGUGCUUUGUGUUUUGGAUCAGAUUUCCAAGUUAUUUAUUCCCUUCAGGAAUCUCAGUGUUAUAUCUUUCAUUGUUCUUGUUCAAUUUUAUCUGUCACAUUGUAUUAAAUAUUACAUUUCCUGACUGUUCUAAAGAAAUUAUAGUUGCAUUUGUAAAUGAUAUACAGCAUUUGGAAAGAAUCCUCCACUUCAAACAAUGGAUUAGUUACCAAACCAAUCAACAUAAAGACAUCUAAAAUGUCCCUACUGAAAAUGAGUCCAUUUUUGUUCACAUUCCUCAACUUUAAUCACAAAGUUUUGUUGAGAUCUAAUUUGCUCCUGAACACAUCAUAGUUUAUAUAGCGUUUCUAUGGAUGCAUGAAUCUAUAAAUCUCUCUCCCCUUAAAUAGCUAUGUUAUUUUGGGAAUUGUUAUAUUUACACAUCUUGUGGUUGUCAUAUUGUACUGAUUUACAUACUGUAGCAGAGACACAAAGCGUGCUUUAUGGGGGGCACAAUGUUUAAUGUUUUUUCAUGAAAGAAAGAUUGUGUUCAAGACUGAAGCCGUGCAGUGUGUACAUUUAAUGCUGAAAUUAAAAGAUAGCACUUUGAUUCAUAAACAUGAAGACUCAUCCAUAAUUGUACUGUAUGUUUGUUACUUUGUGAAAUUAAAGUAAGACACUGCUGGUAUUUAUAUCACCCAGUGGAUUACUUACAUUAAGACAGUUAUUUUUUGUAUAUUUCAAGUGUUCUGAAAUGUUAUGUUUGAAUAUGCAAAUGAG